GCACCAAGACUACUGUGGAUUAAAAGGGGGGGGAAUGCUCACAUCCCCGGUUAGUCUUGGCUUGCUCCGCCGAGUGCUCGCGGGGAGCCGACCCGUCUUGGAUGCCCUCCACUGCCGUUUCCGCAUUCCCGCAGCCGCGGCGAACACUGCGGACGCGUAGCUCAGAUCCGUGAUCUCAAAAGAAGAAGAAAAAAAAGAAAGAACCUGUUCUCCCGGUUAAUCUACCCCAGCAUUGCUGUCGGUGCAGUAUGUUUCCAGCCAGGGGAAUAGAGGGAAACCGGAGAAGUGAAGGGCCGUUCGCUGCGGGCUGUGACGGGCCGGUUUCAGCGGACUGAGGGAGCCCGGAGCCGCGUCGUAUCGAUCGGAUCGAGCCUGGAAUCCCUCCCCCCCCCCCCCCCCCUGCCGCGCUCCUUCAUGUCCCGCGAUGGAGACCUGCUGUCGCUACUGUAUGCCGUGUUUGGGCCGGCUCUGGGACCGCAUAUGGCCGGACUUCCACUACCCAAACGUCCCCAGCAACAACAACAACAACCGGGGCAUAGCCAACCCGGCGGCGGAGAUCCGCACCGUGUCCGGAGACAUCCGCGUCCCGUCGCCCAAGAAGCGGCCGGUGCAGCUUUACGCCGCGCUCUUCGACUUCGAGGCCCGCAGCGACGACGAGCUGACGGUGAAGGAGGGGGACAAGCUGUCCGUGAUCGAGAAGCGGGGGGAGUACGUGCUGGCCAAGAAGCUGACCGGGUCCCUGCAGUCCGGACUGAUCCCCGCGAACUACGUGGCUCUGCUGCAGGACGAGUUCGCCAAACACAAAUGGUACUAUGGGAAUAUAAACCGUGUGAAAGCCGAGAAGCUGCUGCUCGCCUCCCAAAAUAAAGAUGGCUCCUUUCUGGUUCGCAUCAGUGAGAGUCACAGUGAUGAGUACACAGUCUCUGCCCGAAGUGAGGGAAACGUUAACCACUUCAGGGUUCAAAGGUCAACUAUCGGGGCCUACUUUGUCUCCGAUAAGCUCUCCUUUGCUACGCUGGGAGAACUAAUCUCCUACUACCAGAAAAACCCCCGGAGCCUGGGAGUGCUGCUGGUGGAGCCCUGCGCCCAGCAGCGGGAGCUGUUUGACAUGGAGCCCUGGGAGAGGCCUCGAGAGGAGUUCAGACUGCACAAGAAGCUGGGAGAGGGUCACUACGGAGAGGUGUGGGAGGCUCAGUGGACCGCAGAGAACAAGAAAGUGGCCAUAAAGACGCUGAAACAAGCGGACACGAAGCAGGACGAGUUUGUGAAGGAGGUUCAGGCCUUGAAGAGCCUCCAUCACCCCAAGCUGAUCCAGCUGUUGGCGAUGUGCUCCAGAGGAGAGCCGGUCUACAUCGUGACCGAACUCAUGAGGAAAGGAAGCCUCAAGUCCUACCUCGCCUCUGCUGAAGGCCUGAUGCUGACAUCAGCUCAUCUGAUCUACAUGGGCAGUCAGAUCGCAGAGGGCAUGGCUUACCUGGAGGACCGAAACAUCGUCCACAGGGACCUGGCUGCCAGAAACAUCCUGGUGGGAGACGACCUGGUCUGCAAAGUGGCCGACUUCGGGCUGGCUCGUAUCAUCAAGGACAGCGUGUAUACAGCCAGUCGAAACACAAAGAUUCCGGUGAGGUGGACCGCUCCAGAAGCAGCAAUUCACCAAAGGUUCUCUGUGAAAUCAGAUGUCUGGUCAUUCGGGGUCCUACUGUAUGAGAUGAUGUCACGUGGCAAGAUGCCUUAUGAAGGAAAAAACAACAAGGAAGUGUUGGAUCUCCUGUCAUCCGGGUUUCGGCUGCCUUGUCCGACUCGCUGUCCACAGAAUAUCUAUCGCAUCAUGAUGGACUGCUGGGCCGCUGAGCCCUCCAAGAGACCCUCGUUCCACGCCCUGCACAGCCAGCUGGACUCCAUCUAUUCCAGGAUAUAUUUCAAGACUAUAGAGGUAUAGAAAGAGCAAGUCCUGGGGGAGACACCACGGUGAGAACAAAUGACCUGCGACUGACGGCAGGUUGUGCAUCGACUGUGGGUAGAGAGGGGGCGGGGGGGGGGGAAGUGUUCUCCUCCCCCGUGCAAGCCACAACAGGACGUGUAUAAGAGGUCACACGGGGGAAGAAGAGCAUCCAAAGCAGACAAACGGAGGUGAACUCUUCAAGCUGCUCGCCAAAUUAAAAAAAAGACUCAGUCUGAGGGGGAGAAAAAAAGGCAAGGUCCACAAACAAAAUAUUUGAAAUAGCCACGGAAAUGUGUAAAUACACUCCUGCUUAGAAAUAAAACACUAAAACUCGGCACAUUCAUGGAACUGUUUUUAAAUUUAUACCCUUUUGUGAUACUAUUUCAUAACCUCUGUGCCAUGUCUGUGUGUACACACUUUAAAAUGCUAUGAAAUCAGGGGUUAGGACUUUAAUCACCUGUCUUUUAACUGCAAACCAGUGCUAAAAAAGGGGGGUCAUGUGCAAUAAUAAUAACCGCUGGCUCUGUUUUAGCUAUGCAACCGGUGCGAAUGCUGGGGACUCCGAUCGCUGUGUUAUUCCAACACUUUUGUCUAAUGUGACGUAACACACUUCUUGCAACGGUGCCGAUGAACAAUGUUGUUGAUCACAUUACGCAUUUGUAUUAAGCGCCAGUCAAGUCACAAUUUCCACAUUUGACCUUAUUCUAAACUAAUUACUGAACUCCAAUCAGCAAUGUCGCCUCACGGCCAGAAGGUCCAGGGUUCAAACCCACUGCGAGAGUGAAUGGCAGUCUGUCUCUGUGAUUGACAGGCGACCAGUCAAGGGUGGGCCUCGUCUCUCACCCAAUGCCAGCUGGGACUCAAUGAUUUACAGUAAAGAAUAACUCUUUUGAUAUACAUAUGACAUGAGGGUUAAAAUCCAAAUAAAGUGGUCUUGAUCUUUUUAACUGAGUGCUAAAGGACUCCAACGCUUUCCCUAGGAAUGAGUCUUAAAACUUGAAAAUGAGUUAACAUUUUUGCACUUUGUUUCUUUGUCAGUGUUUUUUUUUUAUGGCUUUUUGGUUAAAAUAAUAAAAUACGGUCUGUGGUUAACAUUUUAAUGUUUUGUUCUACAAUGUUAAAUAUAUUCCCCUCUCCUGAAUUUUGCGCAGUUUGAAGGUGACUGGUGGUGUACACCCCCCCCCCCCCCCCCUGUGGUAGAACCUGUUAGAAUUAUUUCUGGGGAUUGCAUUUUUGCUUCAAAAAUCAUUAAACUGGUAUUCAUAUCGAGUUUAACUUGAGUAUUACAAACUUUUUUAGCCACAGAACUAACUUCAAUAAUACAAAAACUAAUGGAUUUUUCCCAUUGUCCUUUUUUUAAAUUCUAACUGCUCCCUAAACCCAAAUCUAAAUGUUUCCUCCCUGCAGCAGUCUGCUUGGAAAGCAAAGAUGCACAGUAACUUAGCUCAUGUUCGCAUGUUAGCUUGACAAUUAACAUAAAAGGUAGAUUUAGUAACGCACUGCACAAAAACAUGGCCAAUCAAAGGCACGUUAAGCAUGUCGUGAUUGAGCAUUGGAUUUAUGUGAUAAAAUGGCCAAUGACAAAUGUAAUGCUUUUUGCACCGUAAAACUAGAGACUUUUCAUAUCCACCGUUUUUUUACGGCCUCAUCAGGCCUCUAGCAGGGAUACACGCUGUCAGUCUUUUUAUUAACAAGGAAGUCUUUUAUUCAUGCUACCUUUUUCUUGCAGGCUUUUUUAAAAGGUUUUGGUGAGAUUUUAUAUGUCUAAUGAAUCAGUUUCAUUAAUUUCUCUAGAAUAGUAUGGAGAUCCUAGUCAUCCUCAUAGCUUGAAAAGUCAUUGAGCCUUGUAGUAGUUAAGUUAUUCAACCUUGUUUAGAGGCCAGUUACACCUAGAGUGACUAUGUUUACACCACAGACUGUAGAACAAGGAAAAAAAGACACGCACAGUGAAUCGGGUUCGUCCACCACAAAAUUGUACAACAUUAAGGCAAUUUUACAACAAUGCAACUUUUGUUUCUUAUGCAUGACCAUAUAUAUCCAACAAAGCCAAGUUCAGGAAACUUUAGCUAUGACCAUCAAAUCACAAGAUUGAGUGGAUUUUUGUUAGGCUGAGUGCAUCAAAAACCAGUGGCGCAAAGAAUAAAAUAUUUGAACUAUUA